AUGGAGCCGGGCGGCGCGACAGGCGGCGCGACGCUCAAGGACCUCCGCUCGGAGGACAAGCUCAAGAUCGGCAACCUUCUUCGCGAGCUUGCGCGCGCUCAGCGGGAGGGCCAGCAGGCGACGCGCGAGCGCAGCCAGAUAGCUGCACGGCUGCAGGCGAUGCGCUCGCAGAAUGACCUCAUCGUGCAGGCGUGCGCGCUCGCGGCCUCGGCCCACCGUGAGGCCGCGGAGCUCCGCGGCAAGUUCCGCCACUCGCUCCAGCUGCUCAAGGCCUACCAGGAGCGCAUCGGCCACAACGCGGAGCCGCCCCCAGCGGCCGAGAGCAUCGCCGAGCCGCCAGGCGCUGGCGCUGCCGACGAGGGGGCGCACGUCGUGAGCGGCUGCGCGGCGGCCGACGCCGCCAAGCUCGUCGACCUCAUCAGCGACCUCGAGCUCGAUUGCGGCGGGGCCCGCGGGGCGGGCUACCAGCGCGCGGCCCUGGCGCCGCUGAACCUGACGGCGUUGUCGUCGCGAGCCAUCACGCCGCAGCGUUUGCGCCUUCCGCAGCCGCACCAACUGCUGCCACCGCCCCGGCUGCCGCCGCCUCGCCGCAAACUUCGCUAG